AUGUCUAGUUUGAAUCUUACCAGUUCUUCAGUCAAAGAAUUUCUUAUCAGUGGAUUUCUGGGAUUUAGAGAUCAGGAAAGUAGAAGAACUCUGUUUGGAGUCUUGCUUACAGUGUACCUCGCCAUUCUUCUCGGGAACGUUCUCUUAAUUUUAAUCUUUAUAUCUGACAGAACAUUACACAUCCCUAUGUACAUAUUAGUCUGUGGCCUGGCCGUUCUUGACAUCGUCAUCACCACUAACACUGUGCCCAGUAUGCUCGUCCUAUUCUCUUUUGAAUACAGAGUUGUGUCCUUUGCUGCUUGUUUUACUCAGACGAUGUUCUGGGUGGGUCUGUUCUCGACAGAAUGCUUUCUCCUUGCGCUAAUGGCUUAUGAUCGUUAUAUGGCUAUCUGUAAUCCACUUCACUAUCCUAAUUUAAUGAGUAUUAGUCAUGUCUCAAAACUGAUGGCUGGCUGCUGGGUGGCUGGGUUUCUCAGUGCAACACCCAGCGUGGUUCUUGUCCUCAGUCUUUCAUUUUGUGGACCAAACAAAAUAAAUCACUGCUUUUGCGACUUUGGUUCCUUGCUGUUUCUGGCUUGUGGAGACAAUCAGAUUACUAAUUAUGCCAUACUGAUUAUUGGGUUGACUGUGCUUUUCAUCCCCUUGGCAUUUAUUCUUUUCUCCUACGUGCGGAUCAUAUUCUCAGUAGUCAAAAUUGCCAACAAAGAUGGACGAAUGAAGGCCUUCUACACAUGUGGCACACACAUGUUGGUCAUGUCCGUUUUUUUCCUAGUAGCAGGUGGAGUCUUCAUUUCAGAAAGAAUUCCUGUAUUAUCUACGGACACACGUAUAAUGGGACUGAUAGUACAGAACGUCUUUCCUGCUUUAAUGAAUCCAGUCAUUUACUGUCUUAGGACUAAAGAGAUACAAAGCAGUUUUGUAAAAAAAGUAAAGAAAAUAAGGAUUUUGUCAAAUGGCAAUUAG